UGUUGUAUUGCAUUUGGGCUUUCACUCCUGAGGAGUGGCUUCAUUCCAUAGGGUUCACUUACUGGCCUCAAAAAUACUGGGCUCUUGCACUGCCAAUCUACCUGGUGGUUGCUAUUGUGAUCGCUGUAUUGUUGCUGUUUGGAAUAAACAUGAACAACACUGCUCCACUUGACUCAAUGGAUAGCAUCACAGGUCAGUAUUGUUACAUAUUUUGUUCAUUAUAGGUAAUGAGGGCCCUGUUUUAGAGUAAUGGUAGUGCAGAGGUAAAACUAAACGUUUACUAGUAAUUGGCCCACCCCUUACACACUCCACUGUGAGCACUUUUUCUGUAGAAAUCUAUUUUCAAGCCCCUCACAGACA